AUGGCCAUAACGACAUAUUCGAUUGAAGACCAGUCUUUCCCGAGGACUUUCGAACUCGUGCCAUGUCCAAUGAAACUGAACCAAAUGAGACUCCUGAAGAACAAGCUGAACCUUGUGUACAAGAGCAAGAUAAAAAGACAGCCCCAGGAGCUGUUUGAUCGUCAAAAGUCAAUUACUACCUUUUACCUCACAACUCAUCAACGGAAAACUGAAAAUCAUUAA